AUGGGACAAUCUGCAAGUGGAAAUGAGUCCAAUAGCCUUCAAGUAAGACUAAGUAAGAAGCAAAUAGCCGACUUAUUCUAUACCAGAAGUGUGCUUCUCUUGAAACCAACGGAGAUUGCUUUUAUUAAAUCCAUAUGCAAUAAGACAGGAGAGGAGCAAAACAAUGAAUUGGUGACCAUAGACGAUGUUUGUGAGUUCUUUUUUCAUGGAGCGAAAUUUGAGCAAGGAGGCAGUAAUGGUAGUGGUAGUAAAGAAACGUUUAGACAGGCAGUAGUUACAUUGAUGAGAGCAAUGAAACUCAUUGGGCAAUUCCCAUUUUUGAAAGCAAAUGAGGACAAUGAGUUUCUCGAUGUGUUGAACUUGAGAGAGCUUGUUAUUUCAAUAAUCUUCUUAAGCGGUCGUUACAAGAAGAUUUGGAAAGGGGGUUACGAUUUUGUAAAACUUUGGUAUAUUGCAUUAUCUUGGAAAGCCUCACCAAUAUCGUCUCAAACUCAAGAUGAUGAACAACAAUUUGUCGUAGACUUAAUACAACCAUUUGAGGCAGAUGACGACAUAGAAUUGAAAUCAAGAAAAGUCAACUGGGAAGCAUUUGAAGUAGUGAGAACCUACAAUGGAGUUGUUGUACAAGACUUGAAAUUAAAUGUUAAAAACUUGCAAGGUAUAGUGACAUUACUCCUAAUAGAGGAGUCCGUUUUGAAGCAAAAACACGAAAUUGCACAUGAGCAAUUCUUACAAUAUUUGGCAAUGUGGAAGGAAUACAAUACGUAUUCCCUAUGUCUUUUGAGAUAUUUUGAUAUCUCUUUACACGCAACAAAAAAGUCGCAAGAAGAAGGUGAAGAUGGUAAUGAAGAAGAAGGAGAAGAAGGAAAAGAACAGCAUGUAAUUACGUAUGAUGAUUUUUCAACUUGGAUUUCAAGACUAAUGUCUGGAUUUUUCGAGACCAAUUUGCAAACAAUAAUAGAUAGAAUUUGCAGUAACAGCUCAACUGGAAAUAAGAAUGAAAAGGAGAGUGCACAUCCCAAGUUUUCCAACUCGAAUAUGGUGACAAUACCGUUCUUGGCGUAUCUUUCUUGCAUAUUGCGCGGAAGCACAAGCAGUUUGAAGGUGACAAGUCAAAAUAUAGUUAAACUUUAUGCCGGCCUGGAGUCUGGCUUUUCAAUACGUUCUUUGGAGACUAAGAUUUUCAAGUGGCAGGCACCUACUUUAUUCGUAGUGAGUGGACGCAGAAUUAAGCAAAAAACAGAGCGAACAAAUCGUAGAUAUCAACAAUUCAAUGUUCUGUUUCCACGUUAUUUUUUGAAACUGGAAAGCGCUUUAAAACCAUGGCAGAGUGAGAACGAUAGAAUCACCUAUUGUGUAGUAGUCAACCAGCCAUGGCAACAUUCAAAUAAAAAGAAUUUUGGCGACGAGAAAUCUCUUAUUGUUUCGGUACAGCCUAGAGCAGAUUAUUUCAAAAGUGUGCAUAGCAACAUACUAAAGGGCCAGCUGAUAUAUUUUAACACACUUGGGAUGGGAAUAGGCUUUGGAAAUUCCCAACCUGUUAACAAAACGAAUAAUCAGAGAUAUUAUCCCGGCAACGUUUCUUUGACUAUUGAGGCUAACUUGGAAUUUGCAGUAUUUCGACAUUUGGGAAAUCUGCAUACCAAUGCAACAAAUUACUUUCAAAAAUCGGUUCAAAGUAAAUUAGAAAUGGAAAAUUACGAAGAUCGCUUUGCAAUUACUGAUUUGGAAGUAUGGGGUAUUGGGUCGAAGAAAGAACUAGACGAGCAGCAGCGACAAUGGAAGUGGGAACAAGAACAAGCAGAGGCUAGACAAAGUGUUAAUCUACGGAGCAUGGGAGAAGAAAGAGCAUUUAUGGAGAUGGUAGGAUUAGUAGGGAACCAUGGUAGUGGUGGUUCUAUAUAA